AUGGCGGCCGACAUGGCCGCGCCAGCUACCGCCAGCCCCACGCACUCUGAGCCGCCCCGUCCCUUCUCUCCCCUGCCCGCAGGCGAUGCUGCCAUCAAGGUCAUCGGCUGCGGCGGCGGCGGCGGCAACGGCACCGGCGGCAAGCCCGAGCUGGGCGAGGAGGCGGCCCAGGAGAGCCACCAGGAGAUUGGCACCGCGGUGUCGGGCGCAGACAUGGUCUUCAUCACCGCCGGCAUGGGCGGCGGUACCGGUACCGGCGCGGCCCCUGUGGUGGCCCGCCUGUCCAAGGACCUGGGCAUCCUCACCGUGGGGGUGGUCACCUACCCCUUCUCCUUUGAGGGGCGCCGCCGCGCGCUGCAGGCCACCGACGGCAUCGAGACGCUGCGCAAGAACGUGGACACGCUGAUCGUCAUCCCCAACGACCGCCUGCUGGACGUGGUGGGCGAGUCCACGCCGCUGCAGGACGCAUUCCUGCUGGCAGACGAUGUGCUGCGCCAGGCCGCCACCUCUGCGCCGCUCAUCGAGCGGUCCAUUGAGCGCGCCACCGGCAUUGUGUACAACAUCACCGGCGGCAAGGACCUGACGCUGCAGGAGGUGAACCGCGUGUCCGAGGUGGUGACCAGCCUGGCCGACCCCUCCGCCAACGUCAUCUUUGGCGCCGUCAUCGACGACCAGUACGAGGGCGAGAUCCACGUCACUAUCAUCGCCACCGGCUUCAGCCAGACCUUUGAGGACAACCUGUGGGGUGGAAAGUCCAGCGCGCCCGCCACGCCAGAGCUGCGGGUGGAGAACAACGGCAUCCCGCCGCUGCCCAGCCAGAACGUGCGGCAGCAGGCGCCCAGCGGCGGCCUGUUUGGCCGCAACUGGUGA